GUAGGAAGCAUGUAGUUCCUGAACAACUACUGGAUGUAGUGCUGAACUACUGUAAAGCGGUAGUCCUGAGUUUAUUUUGAUACGAGGGUGCGGUGGAUUUCCCCCGGAGAUUUUUCUUUAGGAAUAUUUAUCAUAAAUGCUAGAUGAAGAAAACUUGUCCAGCGGGCUGCAGAAUUUCCUGACGAACUGUUUCAUAUCUGAUGCAACAUGGCAACAACACGUCUCCCUUUCCUAAGGAUGAUGACGUGCCUCCGACACAGUGGAGCUCAUGUGAAGUUGUCGCCUUCGGGACUUGUACGAACUUUAUCCAGCACGUGUUCAGAGAAACCAGCAAAAGAAAACACGUCCGUCUGUAGAGCUCUAGUGUCGGGAGGAGGACGGGAAGAAGGCAGCGGCGGUGGAGGAAGUGGAGGAGCUGGGACAUGUGUCCUUGGAGUCGCGGGGUUUGGAUUGGGGCUGAGCGGAGCUGCUUUACUCAGUGAUCAGGACGAGCAGGAGAAAGGCGUCUCCCAGAGGAACCGAUCUAUCACGAACUCUGUGCUCCAUCACUUUAUCCCUACAGUCUUCUGUGCUACCCCGUAUAAAGAUGACAGUCCGCGCUAUAAGUACAACUUUAUUGCGGAUGUAGUGGAGAAGUCAGCGCCUGCUGUAGUUUACAUUGAGAUAUUAGGACGGCAUCCGUUCUCUGGCCGUGAGCUCCCUAUCUCUAAUGGUUCAGGCUUCAUCAUUAGUGCUGAAGGCCUCAUAGUGACCAAUGCCCAUGUAGUAGCCAACAAGCGUGGGGUUCGUGUCAAACUGGCCAAUGAGACAUACGAUGCCAUUGUACAAAAUGUGGACCAGGCCGCAGACAUCGCAACAAUUAAAAUCAAUGCCAAGCAUCCGUUGCCCACUUUGCCUCUUGGCAAGUCGUUAGAUGUGCGUCAGGGGGAGUUUGUGGUUGCCAUGGGGAGCCCUUUCGCUCUGAGGAACACCAUUACAUCUGGAAUAGUUAGCUCAGCUCAAAGAGGGGGCAAAGAACUGGGCCUGUCUAAUGGCAAUAUGGACUACAUACAGACCGAUGCAGCCAUAGAUUUUGGGAAUUCAGGUGGUCCACUUAUUAAUUUGGAUGGUGAGGUCAUUGGUAUUAAUACCAUGAAAGUGACUGCUGGCAUUUCCUUUGCCAUUCCCUCUGAUAGACUUCGUCUAUUUCUCGAGCAGGCUACUGAAAAAAAGAGUUCCUGGUUCAGUGGGUCUAAAAACAAACGGCGCUACAUAGGAGUGAUGAUGUUAACUCUUACACCCAGUAUAAUGAACGAGUUGAAGAUGCGUGAUCCGUCAUUCCCUGACGUAACACAUGGAAUCCUCAUCCAUCGUGUUAUACCGGGCUCUCCAGCUAACAGAGCGGGUAUGAAACCAGGUGACAUCGUGGUGGAGGUCAACGGGUUAAAGGUGAACACAUCGGAAGAAAUCUACAAUGCAGUAAGGACAAGUGACAGCAUCAACAUGGUGGUGCGCAGAGGUCAGGAUCUUCUGAUGCUGCACAUGACCCCUGAGUUCACAGAAUAACAAACUUCAGUAUUUUGGCUUAUGGAAAAAAUGCUGAAUAUACAUUUUUUCUAACAGGUUUGAAAUGACCAGGUUUAAGUGUAUGUUAGAAAUGAGUUUGAACUUAAUUUGAAAAGGUCACAUGCUCUGUGGUUCAUAGGAUUCAUUUAUUAAUGAACCAGUUUGCAACGGCUAAUCUUUUUUUUUGAACAGGCAUCAAUGUGUAAAUGACUGAUACAUGAAGUCAUCGAAAUGUCAUGAGCACAAUUGAGCGUUAGACCUGAGAAUAAAUUGGUUUGUGUUUUAACAUUUGUACAAAUAAACAGUAUUGACACAUUGA